AUGGCAACGAACUCGAGAAAUAGUAGUAGCUCUUCGUCAGGAGAUGAUUAUAAUUCUAUCAAUUCUAAUCGAACUUCUUCAUCUUCUAAAUCAUCUUUAUUUGAUGAUUUAGAAAUUAAACAACAUAUUGAUAUAUAUGGUACAUGUAAAGAAUGCCAAUCUCCUAAAACUAGUGCAGAAUGGUGUAGAAAAUGUAAUUCAAAAAAUUUUGGUACUUGGAGUAGUGGAAAUAAGGACAUUGAUAAUUUCAUUUCGACUGCUCAAUCGACCGCAAUUGGUUGUUCUCAAAUUCUAGAGUGGAUCCCUUGGGAAAGAUUCUCAAGAAUUAAACAUGUCGGGUUAGGACGUUUCGGUUCUACUUAUUCCGCUUUGUGGAUGGAUGGUUAUAUUACUCAUUGGGAUAGUAGAAGAGGAACUUGGGGGCGUUGUGAUUCUGGAACAAAAUUUGUUAUAAAGAUUAUCCAAAAUUCUUCAAUUAAUAUUUCUGAAUUUCUUAACGAGUUAAUAUCUCAUAAAAAUGGCCGAAGUGGUCUAAUAAGAUGUUAUGGAAUCACUCAGCAUCCUAGCACUCGAGAUUAUGCAUUAGUGAUUCGUUGCAUAGAAAAUGAUUUUAGAAGCUACUUAUAUAAAGAGAUACCUUUUCCAGAACAUGAUUGGAAAACGAAAUUAGAAAUAAUUGCCGAUAUUGCUUUGGUUCUUCAUCGAAUUCAUGAAUCUGAUUCAAUUCAUAGAAAUUUUCAUACUGGAAAUAUAUUAAGGCAAAUGAAUUCGAUAAUAAUCACUGAAUUAAAUAUGCUCAACAUGGGUGAUGAUUCUCCAACGAUAUCACAUUCUAGUAGUAUAGUUAUGUGGGAAAUUGCAACUCAACGACCACCUUUUGAUCUUAAUGCACAUGAUAAAUUUUUGGCUCAAAGAAUUUGUUGUGGACUUAGACCACAUAUUGAUCAAAAUAUGCCAAAAUCUUUGGCUAAAUUAAUUAAAAGAUGUUGGGAUGCAAAUAUUGAAAACCGUCCUGAAGCUGAAGAAGUUUAUAUUUGGGUGCAAUGGUGGUUGGAUCUAUGUAAUGAUUCUGCAUCAGAUAUCGCUGCUGAGUUUAACAUCGCCGAUCAAGAAGGAAAAUUAAAAGAUGGUCUAUCAUGGAUACAUCCAGAAGCUUUUUAUACAACGCGACAUUUAGAAUUCCAAAGUUUACCAGAACCUGAAAAUUAUUCUCCCGAUACUUACCACCAUAUGGUUGCGUUCUGUGCAAGAAUUCACCAUUCAGACGAUUUGGAUUGUCAUUUGGAUUCUGAAAUUACUGAUAUUUUUG